AUGGGUCAUGUGUUAGUUGCUUAUAGUGUCAUGGUAAUACCCAUGGAUGACAUAUGGGUCAUGGAUCAUGUGUUAGUUUCUUAUAGUGUCAUGGAAAUACCCAUGGAUGACAUAUGCGUCAUGGGUCAUGUGUUAGUUUCUUAUAGUUUCAUGGUAAUACCCAUGGAUGACAUGUGGGUCAUGGGUCAUGUGUUAGUUUCUAGUAGUGUCAUGGUAAUAGUCAUGGAUAACAUAUGGGCCAUGGGUCAUGUGGUAUGUGUCGUGAUAACACCUAUGGAUGACAUAUGGCUCAUGGAUCAUGUGUUAGUUACUUAUAGUGUCAUGGUAACACCCAUGGAUGACAUAUGGGUCAUGGGUGUGAUGGUAACACCCAUGGAUGACAUAUGGGUCAUGGGAGAAGAUGAAGCAAGGAAUCAGUUGCUUCAAGAUGCAGUCGAUAAGGAACAGCUGGAUGCAAUAUUCGUUAUGGGAAUGUUGUUGAUGGCCGAAGGCAGUGAAAGGAAGCAAGAAGCUCUGAUCAUGUUGAAUAAUGCUUACAUUAUUACAAGAAGAAUUUGGAAUCUGAGACAAACCUGUUACAAGGUUCGAAGCCACUUGGUUACGGAAGAAAGAUCAAAGUAG